AUGUUCCCAAUAUUAAAAUUAGAACUAGGCUCUCACAUCCCAGAAAUGCUACUGCCCUAUUACAAGGUUAUCAUUUGUGUGGUUAGCGAGCAGCAACCUCUCGACAGAAGAUCUAUCUUACAGUUACAGUUAAUUGCUCAUAAUAGCCCUUCUAUUAAGGGGAAUGGAGUUUAUCUUCUGAUAAUUCUUGUUCUGUGUCCCAAUAUGAGCAGUAUGAAACCCAGGUUAAUGUGUGACCGUCGUCUCAUCCAUGUGUAUGUGAAUCGCACCCGAGUUAUGGAAAUAAAGGCGGCACAGUGUCCAGACCUAUCUCUUCUGCAGGUUCCCAUCACACUUCCAAAUGUUGAAGUUUUACUUACAGAUUGGAGUAAUAUGACGGAAUACCAGCAGGGGAGUCAAGUCCUUUCAGACCUAAACCUGCUGCUGAAUGCUACACAAAGCACAGAAACUCCACAAUGUGUUUCCCAGCAGAUACUGCAUCUAGCUCGCAUUAUCAGAGAGGCCCGGGGGAUCAUAAAUAAGACAAUGCCAUUUGUAAAAAUGAACGCUUCUGUUCCUCAUGAGCCAACUCUCUCCAGUCACAAUAGUACCUUGGAUAGCACAGAGAUUUUUCAUCGAUUUAUCAGACUGCUUAAGGGAAAAGUCACCCUUUUUAUGAAGCGCCUAAGAGAAAUGUACUGCAGGUGACAGCUUUUACCUUGGCAUAUUGAUUCAAUUAAAGCAUGUGGAUUAAACAUUAAACACUAACAAAUAAAUACUGGGCUGAAAAUAUGAAAGAAAAACAUUACUUGUGCCAACUCAGCCAAUACAUGAUAUUAACUGCUCCAUACCACAGACACUGGUGCAAUAGAGCGAAACCAAAAAUACCAGGAGAUGAUAAACUCGGCCCAGAGACACUUUUGGAUCUAAAUAGGUAUCAAGGACAUAGUUGUUUUUAUUUAUUGAUGUAUCAUGAUAUAUUUUGUGAUUCUUUUCUAACUGGUUUGCAGACCAGUCAGUGCAUAUUUUAAAUAGCUGAGAGUAAAAAAAAAAGUAAUAGAAUACAGCUAUACUACAUCCAAUUCAUGCUCCUGAUUUGUACAGGUGUAUACUGAGUAAAUGCAUUAGGUCACAUUUACAUAGUUGCUGAUAUUCAGUCAAUUGUAAAGUGUAAAAAUACUGCUUCACAAAAUUCCACAUUGGCUUUUGUUUAAAGGGACAUAAACUCAAAUUUUUUAUUUCACGAUUUAGAUAGAGCAUGUGAUUUUAAACAACUUUUCAAUUUAGUUCUAUUAUCAAAUUUGCUUCAUUCUCAUUUGUAUCCUUUGUUAAAGGAGCAGCUAUGCACUACUGGGAGCUAGCUGAACACAUCUGAUAACCCAAUAAAAAGAGGCAUUUAUGUGCAUCCACCAAUCAGCAAGCUUGCUCCCAGUAAUGCAUUGCUGCUCCUGAGCCUAUCUAGGAAUACUUUACAACUAAGGAUACCAAGAGCAAUUGAUAAUAAAUGUAAAUUGUAAAGUUGUUUAAAAUCACACGCUCUAUCUGAAUCAUGAAAGGAAAAAUUUGGGUUUAUAUUCUUUUAACAUUCACAGUCAGGAUUUAACCAUGUGCCAUCCAUCUUGUUU